AAAUGAAUUCAAUUAAUUUGAUUAGUCAGAAAGUUAUAAAUAAUCACAUUUUCCGACGACAAAUAAAAAUCAAAGAAAGUUGACAACAACAACAACAACAACAACAAAUCCAAAGAGAAAACGUAAGAUUUGCUUAAACCAUAAACCUCAAGCUCCACUUGUCUUUCCUCCGACACUAAAUUCAAGAAACAAAAGGAUAAGUUUCGUUGUGUCGAGAUUUUUGAUUCUUUUCAACAAAAAAAAAAUCACAGAUUUUGGGUGUUCUGGAUGAGUUGGAGGAGAUAAAAAAAAGAUCAGAGAGGAUGAAGAUUCAGUGCAACGUUUGUGAGGCGGCGGAAGCGACGGUGCUAUGUUGCGCCGACGAGGCUGCUCUGUGUUGGGCUUGCGAUGAGAAAGUUCACGCUGCUAAUAAACUCGCCGGAAAACAUCAGAGAGUCCCUCUCUCUGUCUCUUCCUCUUCCAUACCCAAAUGCGACAUUUGUCAGGAAGCAUCUGGAUUCUUCUUCUGUCUGCAAGAUAGAGCUUUACUUUGUAGGAAAUGUGAUGUUGCAAUCCACACUGUGAAUCCUCAUGUUUCAGCUCAUCAGAGAUUUCUUCUGACUGGAAUCAAAGUUGGUCUUGAAUCUAUAGACACUGGUCCUUCUACAAAAUCCUCACCAACCAAUGAUGAUAAAACCAUGGAGACGAAAUCUUUUGUUCAAUCUAUACCUGAGCCUCAAAAGAUGGGUUUCGAUCAGCAGCAAGGAGUUUUACCGGAAACUAAAGUCAGUGAUCACACAUCUACAAAGCUUCCUUUCGCUAGCAGCGGAUCAACUACUGGAAGCAUUCCUCAGUGGCAAAUAGAGGAGAUUUUCGGGCUAACUGACUUUGAUCAGAGCUAUGAAUACAUGGAGAAUAAUGGAUCAUCUAAGGCGGAUACUUGUAGGCGAGGAGAUUCAGACAGUUCUUCGAUGAUGAGAUCUGCGGAAGAAGAUGGAGAAGAUAACAAUAACUGCUUGGGAGGUGAGACAUCAUGGGCGGUUCCACAGAUUCAGUCUCCACCUACAGCGUCUGGUCUAAACUGGCCUAAGCAUUUUCACCACCACUCAGUGUUUGUUCCGGACAUAAAUUCUUCAACUCCUUAUACCGGUUCAUCCCCGAACCAAAGGGUUGGGAAACGGCGGCGACGGUUUUAACAUUUGCAACUAUCUUUUGGCCGUUUGAGAAAAGAGAUGGGCAGCUUUUCUCAGUAGAUGUAAGAUCACAUAAAUGAUUUGGAAACUUGUAAUGUAGUGAUCUGUGAGAGUCCAUGUUCUUUGUUAGCUGAGAAAACAAAGAAGAGGUCGUUUCAAAAAGAUGUUAAUUUGGUUGAAGAUUAUAAGGGACUAAAUUAUUAAAUUAUCAAUUUGGCUAA